AUGAGUCUCGCUACUUUCAUCCAAGGUGGCGAAUACGAAAAAGCUACGUCAGAAGUGAUGAACUCAGAUAUUCAGACUGAGCUUUCUUCGACAUUGGUUGCCAAACAUCUUGUAUACCAAGCGGUGAUGGGAUACGGCAAGGUCUGCGAAAAACGGGGCAAACCUUCCUCGCCUGAACAGGCCAAACAGUUGAUGCUGGUGUUCACAAAUGCCAUCCUUGAGGACAUGGUCACUCGGGGGGUCAAAGUCAAUGAUCAGGAAGAAACGAAACGCGAGGCCGAGAAGAUGUCAGAACAGGUACUAAAAGACUCUGGCGAGUUUCAGUAA